UGCCUGAGAGAGGCACAGCGCAUUGGAUUCCGCUCAUUCACGAAUCACGAUCGAUACAAAGAGAAUGAAGUCCUAGAGAAGAUGGGUUUUAGGUCGCGAGAAAAUUUGGCGGCCAGGAGGGAUGAGGCAGCUCUUGGGCGCGCAAGCCCUUGGGAGGAAGCUCGCGCCAUCGCUGCCCCUGGGAUGGUGUAGGUUUUGCUCCUCGCAGCCAUGGCUAAGGUACGCUCCCUCUCCCUGGGACAAUGUGGAUCCAAACACCACGAGUAGCGCGACGCGGCCCUCGCCUAGCACCGGCUAUGCUGCGCCUCCUCCUCCGCCACCACCGCCACCGCCGCCACCAACUCAUCGACCUCCUCCGCUUGGAUUUGGAGCACCGCCGCCGCCGCCUCCUCCUAGGCCGAGCAUUCCCUGGCCCGGAAGCAUCGAGCUCGGUGAUCGCGGAAGUGCAUUGGCGCCGCCUCCUCACUACGCAUCGAUCGCUCCUCCGCAGCACCAGGAGAGCGUUUCCAUGAAUCGAGCACCACCACCACCACCGCCUUCACCGCAGCAUCCCGCGGAGGCGUCCACCAUCUGUGACGCUCUCAUCGCCUCGUUCCACAAGCGAGGUUUGCUCCACGAGAUGGACACGCUCAUCAAAGCCAUGAAAGCAGCGGAGGUCGUCGUUGGACUCCCGGCCUACAUGGCUCUCUUCGGCAUCUACAGCCAGCACAACGACAUCGAGCGAAUGGAUGCCGUGUACGCGGAGAUGAGGCGAGCUAUGGUGGCGAGGUCCUCGGGGGGCCACGAGAGGCACCACUCGUCGCCUUCUCCACAGCAAAAGCAAGAGGCUUCGUACCACUUUGCGAGCUUGGUGGAUGCGUGCCACAAGCGGGGGCUGGCCGAGGAUGUCUCGCACAUCCACAGGGCGAUGAAAGCGUCGGAGCUCGCCAUCGCCAUCCCGACUUACAAGCUCGUGAUUGAGAGCCUCAGCCAGCUUGGAGACUGCCAGCAAAUGGACGCCGUCUACUUGGAGAUGCGGGAAGCCAUGAAGAAAAGAGGACCGCCUCCGCCAUCGCCUUGGGCUCUCCCACCACCGCCGCCGCCGCCGCCUUCUCAUGCCUUGAGCUUUGGAUCUCGGCCACCUUUGGCUGGCGAUGCAAAGAUGAUCAUGGCUGCUCGGCCGGAUGGGAGCUUCGACUAUACUCGUCCAAUACAGCACUACCAGUUACAACAGGCUCCCGGAGCAUUCUAUCCUCCUCCAUUCUUCUCGCCGCCACCGCCACCACCGCCACCUCCCGGAUUUGGACAUCAUCCUCCUCCUCCUCCUCCUCACCAUGUCCAGUUUCAGCAGCAACCUCCACACUUUCAGUUCCCACCACCGCCACCGCCGCCACCGCCGCGCCAGUAUCCGCAGCUCCUCCCAGUCCAAGCAGCGCCGCCUCCUCGUCCUGCUGCCCAGGUUGAUGAGACUGUGAGCGAGCAACAAGUGACUGAAGAGGACGAGGUGGUGGAGGAGUUGGAGACCACCUCGCAAACUGUGGAGGCGGAGGAGAGCAGCACCGCCACCACCGCCGCUACGUCCAGUGUUGCUGACGAAGAAGUCCCGGAUCCUGGAAACCAUGGAGGAGUCCAACAAGAACACCUCAUGGAGAGCAGCGGAUGAAUAGUAGCAGUCUCGAUUAGAAUAACUUCAGCUAUAGCAAGCAUCAAGGAAAAGCUCUUGUUUAUGGUAGUGAGUGAUCGCAUGAAACAACAACAAGUAUGGAUUAUUCCACCCACAAAUGGCUGAUCUUGUGUGAUUCGAUCCACGAUCGACGUCGGCGGGUGAGCGUGACAAACAUUUUUAGUGAUUGAUCGUGCCCUCACUCAUUCAUCCAUGCGAACGAAUGGGCGAACGGAUGGAUUUGUU